UGGUCAAAGGCCCUAAGGAGAAAGUCUUCUCAGUUUAUGAAAACUGCCCAGUGGGAUCGAAAGUGUCCAUGCAAAGAAGGUAGCUCCUGGCUUCCAGCCUCUGCUCAGACAGCUCCCAGGGCUGGGAGCAGAACCCAGAGUCUUCACAGCUCUGCCCCCUGCCUCCGACCAUCACAUCUGAGAAAUCAUUUACACUGCAGCCAGGAGAUACGGGAGCAGGUCUGGGCAGGUCUCCAGGCUUCAGGCCUCCAUGAUGUCCCAGAGAUAAGAGUCCCUGAGGACCCAGAUUUUCUACCCUGCUCAUCCCUGCAGCACAUGAACUUCAGACCUUCGUACGACCAUCAUGGCUAUUGCUGAUCUGUGUUACAGCAGCAUCAAGGGGCCUGACUCAAGGUAUGGCCCUGUUCGGGUAGGUCCUAGGCUUCCCACCUCUUUCGUAGGAGGCAGCCUCACCCCAAGGACCUUGCUAUGCAGCUCCGGCUGGUUGUACAAGAUGUCUCUGUGUGGCUGGUCCCGGCUCUUGCAGUAUUUUCAGUCAUUACAUUUGUUGUCAUCACUUUGCUAACUUGAUUGUAACACGCUGAACUUGAAAACUACUAACUCAUCCAGAACUGUGGAUGUUUUUGUGGAAAGUUUGGUCAGCAAGUCAGCUGCGGCCCCCUCUGCCCCUGCUCCCUGUCCUGGGGCAGUCGUGCGGAUGGAGCGAUGGGCAGAUGGCUGCCUCUUGCUUUCGGUGACGUUCAGAUGUGCAGACGCUUCGAGCCUCCGCACUUCCUGGCGCAGGCUUGUUUUACGUUCUCAGUCUCCCCAAGCUGCUCGCACAGUGCGCUGGAAACGAACGGACCCCGGCAAUGCCAGUCUGAUUGGACGGGACAGGCGAGAGCAUAGGGAGAACAGGGAAUGCAAGGAUGAAGUUGGGGCUUUUCCUGCCUGCGCUGGGGGUCCUGCUCUGUGUGGGUGGCACCACAGCACAGGACUCCAUAGAGAUCGACGUGGCGAUCUCUUACACCACAGUGACUCUCACCUGCAACACUAACGUGCUUAAGACUGAUUCUAUAAAAUGGAAGAAGGAUAACACAGAUGUCCAAGGCUCAGUUAGCAGAGAGAAUCAGAUAUCAAACUACCAGGGCAGUAAAGAUGAUGGCACAUACACCUGUGCAACAGACAAGGUCACGUCGAUGCCGCUAUACCUGAAAGCCAAGGUGUGCGAGAACUGCCAGGAGCUGGACAUCCUGAUCGUGGCCUUCAUCAUCAUUGUGGAUCUUAUCAUCACCUCCAUGGUGCUGUUCCUGGUCUACUACUGCAGCAAGAGCCAGAAGGGGAGAGCUGGGGCUGGGGCUGGAGCAGGCGCAGGAGGACGGCCACGAGGCCAGAAGAUGCAGCGCCCCCCACCCAUUCCAAACCCAGACUACGAGCCCAUCAGGAAGGGACAGCGGGAAGUGUAUGCCGGCUUGGAGUCCAGGGGUUUCUGAGUCACCCAGCAGACGGCAGGCAAGACACAGCAGCGGAGGGGCCUGAAGCUUCUGUCCCAUCAGAGAGGAGCUCCUACUGCCCGCUGAGCCAAGCAGCUGCCCCAGGAGAUGCUUCCAUGCCCCAGCUGACACAAUCCUUCCUGCCACCCCUUGACCUCCCCAUACAGAACCAGGCAAGGAAACAGCAGAAAGUCUUUUCCCUGUUACGUGUCAGUGGCUGUCGCCUGCUGAGAUCCCCACAGAGACCUGUAGCCUGUCCUUUCCAAAGUGUCAGGGAAACCCCCUCAUGCUUGGCUCUAUUUAUUGCAACUGUGGCCUCCACUUUCUGCUGUCAGCACCUGGCCCCGCAGGUCUCCUCCUCCCAGCUCCCAGGUGGCCUCUUUCCUGCCACAUGCAGGAUGUGAGCGCCCAUGUCCUGAGCUCUGGGCUGGGACCCGUCAGGGCCAAGUGCUGUGCUGACUCGCAUGUCAGUGUGGCCAGCUCACUGCCCCUAGUGCCUCCACUUCUCCAACUGGAGGGAGAGGCAGGCGCUGCCUGGGGUGCUGUGCAUCAGUGUAGGAUGAUGCUGGUAAGGGGAGGGGCUUAGCCAGGGUCUCUGCUGCCUUCCCCUUGCUCCUUCAUUCCACUGCCUUCACCUUCCCAGACUGCUUCCAGCUUCACAGCAUUACUUUCUCUUCUUGUUGCUGCCUGGAAGGGUAACACCUGUCUCCACUAGAAGAGGGGGAGAUUGCCAGCAUGUUCAGGAAGGGCUGGAUAUAGGUGGCACGGGCGCUCUGAGCAAAGGGCUCCGCUGGAAUCCCUGCAGCAGGGAACUGUUCUCCCAGGCCCCUGCAGCCCUCAUUGCAAGGCAUGUGCCUUUGCUUUCCCUGGCAUGUCACCUGUCAGCCCAGAGCAGGGAGCUUAGAUGGAUGACCAAACCUUAGGCCUUUAGUAUUACAUUGAGUAGCUCUUGGAUGCCCUGCUGUGCCCAACAGUGGGUAGGGAGAGUUGGAUUCUGCUCCCAAGACCUUCAGUCCCAGCGAAACGAGAAAAAGGCCCCAAACCCCUUUUCCCUGAUGGAAACUCCUGAGCCCCCAACUGCUGCCUGAACUGCCAGCACUGCCCUCCCCUCUGGAGAAGGCCUAAGAUGAAUUCCAAAGGCUGUGACAAGCGGCCCAGGCCGAGCAGGGUUGGCAGGAGAAUAAGCCCUUUCCGUGGGUGCUAGUGUUCCCUCUGUGUCCUGCCCCAGGUCAGGAAGCUGUAGGAAAAGCACAGAUCCUUGGAGCUGGCUCAACCGGUCCCAGGAGGCUGUGCCAGUGGUGGGCACUGAGCAGAUGCCCACUUGCUCACCCAUCCCUUGAUCCAUCCCUGGCAGUCCAUCCCUAGCAGUCAGGCUGUGCCCAGGUGCCCCUCUCCGUUACCUAGAGGGCAGCUUUGCUUGCGCUGAUCAACAGCCUUUUCUAACAAGUGUCCUGUAGGUACUUAAAUGUGUGUUAUAUUGUCAAAUAAAAAGGGAGG